GCAGCACGGCACCAGUGAGGAAGUGAAGAUGACAAACUUUCGUUUCCUCCGUGAAACUUUUAAUUAUUUCUGCACCUUGUUUGUCGGAAAGGGGAACUGACAGCAGCCGAGACCCACAGACGGAGGUGUCCGAGUUUUUCUGACUCUCAGGUGGACGAAGUCUUCUUUGUGCUUCAGCCCCGCGCGGAUCAAGAUGGAGGCAGCUGACGGAGGAGAGGUGGUCCAGGAUUCUGAUCUGCUUGUACGUCCUGAUGUCAGGCAGAACGAACUGCUCCAUGUCGGACAAGAAAACAACGUGCAGGGCCAGAUGGAGGAUUUCUUGGGCCCACAGCCGGAGUACAAUGAGGAGGAGGAGGAGAGAAAAUACUACAGAAGAAAGAGGCUGGGAGUCAUCAAGAAUGUUGUUGCAGCCAGUGUUGGAGCUAUGAUGGUGUACAGCGUGUACAUGGGCCUUCUGCAGAUGCAGCUCAUCCUCCAUUACGAUAUGACGUACCGUGAGGUGAAGUACAGCAACCUCGGUCUUGAGGACAUCGACCGGAAGAUGCUCAUGGGCAUCAAUGUCACUCCAAUCAUAGGCCUCCUGUACACCCCCGUACUCAUCAGGUUUCUAGGUACUAAGUGGAUGAUGUUCCUGGCUUCGGGAAUCUACGCACUCUUUGUUUCAACCAACUACUGGGAGCGUUAUUACACCCUAGUCCCAUCAGCCGUAGCGAUCGGCGUGGCCAUCGUGCCGUUCUGGGCCUCGUUGGGAAACUACAUCACAAGGAUGGCACAGCAAUACUACGAGUACGCCAACUACAAAGAAGAGCACGUGCAGGAGCAGAAGAAACUUCCAAAGGGAGCGUGCCACAGAUACAUCAUCAUCUUCCAGUCGGUCUUCAACAUCAUCUUCAGUCUGAGCUUUGUCUUCGCUGAGUUUCCCAUGCGCCUCGUCCUCCAUGAGGACCUGCACGAGAACGACCACACUCUGUUCAACGUGAAAAAAUGUGGUGCUGAUAUAAGUGGAAUAAUCCCCGGCUUCAACACCACCGUGUUGACCAGGCUGCCACGCUCCAUGCUGCUCAUCCAGGUGGAGAGCGUCCUCAUGGGUUUUGCCUUCCUCUCCAUGAUUGUUUUCCUCUUGCUGUGCGGUGCUGCCUACCGCCCCACAGAAGAGAUCGACCUUCGCAGUAUCGGCUGGGGAAACAUCUUCCAGCUUCCUUUCAAACACCUGAGGGACUACCGCCUACGACUGCUGUGCCCCUUCUUCGUCUACAGUGGAUUUGAAGUGUUGUUUGCCGUGACCGGAUUCUCCCUGUCGUACGGUGUGUGCGUUUUGGGCCUGAAGCAGCUGUGGCUUCUCAUCGUGGUCUACGGCCUCUCCUGCUCCGUGUUUUCCUCGCUCUCUCUCAGCCUCUUGCGCCUUCCACGCUGGGUGUGUUUGGUCAGUGGCGCCGUCGUGCACGUGGUGCUGCUGGUGGUUCUCCUGUCACUUUCUAUAGACUCCAAAGCGCCAGGGUAUCUGGUCCCUCUGCUCGUCAUCUCUGCUCUGUGGGGACUCGGCACAGCCCUGAACAAGACGGGCGUCAGCACCCUGCUCGGUAUACUGUACGCUGAGGAAAAAGAGCGUUUGGACUUCAUCUACACCAUCUAUCACUGGUGCCAGGCCAUCGCCAUCUUUAUAGUCUACCUCUGGUCCCACUUACCGAUGAGGGCCAAGCUCUCCAUCCUUCUCGUCACAUUAUUGCUGGCAUGCUACUGCUACUGGGUGAUGGAGCGCCGCCUGGCCAACAGAAUACCGUUCAGACUGCCUCGCAUCCCUCGGCCACGGCACAAGGUUAAAGGCUACCGCUACCUGGAAGAGGACAACUCCGACGAGUCAGACUCAGAGAAGAGCGAGGAGGACGAGGAGGAUGAUGAAGAGGGAGAGGAGGAGCACGGGGAGCAUUUGGAGGAGGAGCUGGGAGCAGAUGACAGGGAGGAGGAGGAGGAGGAGGAGGGCCAAGGCGACCAGGACCUGAGAGCUGACUCACCCUGAGCCAGGAGGAGGGAGGCCAAGGGUCACUGGCACAGACGGGAGGAUGCCCAUGUGAAGGAGGGAGAGUGGGAAGAGUGAGGGGGAGGGUGAGACAGGACAAAGUCGGGAAGAUGGGGGACAGAUGACAGAGAUGAGUCAAAGAUACAUUGGACACUGUUGGGUUCAUGACUACAUUCAUGUUUUUACGGGUAUUUAACCUUAAUGUCUUUCCUCCGCGUUACAUGAAACGGUACAAAGUUUAAUUCAAAAGCUAUAAUUUACUGUUCAGCUGUAAUUACAAUCCAAAAAAAGGCAAAAAACUAUUUUACAUCUUUCUCAAGAGUAAAAGACACAAGAGUAUAAAGAGAAUAAUUUAGUUUUUUUUGUCACUACACACCUUGUAGCUUAUUCUUGCUAAUUGCAAAGGGUAUUUUAGUCGCUGUUGUCCUUUGUUAUUUAGAAAACAUGUCUGGUUUAAAUUAUAAGGAGCACUUAUCUGCAAAGAAAUAAACUGAAAUUAACAGAGAAAAAUUAAGAAUUGAAUUGUUUAGUUGCAAAGUGAAGUGUCCUUUGAUGGAAAUGGGCAUUAUGCACAUUUGUCACAGAAAACAAGUGUUCAGUUAUGUUUCCGUUGCCCGAGGUGUCUCUAGGGUUGACUUAAUGGGCUUUUUUUUUGUGAAUGUAUGUAUAGUGUAACUUGAUAUGCAACAGGUACCAGGGGUCAGUUAAUCAGCUGAUGUCAUUAAGGUACUUGUUUAAUUGGAAGGCUAUAAUAUUAUAGUUACUGAUAUGAAGAAUCUCUUACAUGAUUUUAAUAAAUUAAUUUUCCAGUCAA